UUCCAGUAGCUUUCAGUUUAAAUUUUACUAAAAGCAGGCAGACAAUCAAAAUUUUUGAUCAAAAUAUACAUAAAAAUCGUGUGUAAAAUGUGGGAAAUACGCCAAGAAAUUGAUUUAGAAACAUCGGUUAAGAUAUCGCCGUUCUGCUAUAACUGGCAAUCGGUUUGCUGGUUCAUGCUCAGGGCCCUUGAUUUGUGGAGGUUCUUAGUAUGGGAUCGAUCAGCGACUUACCUGGUAUUUCUUACGAUUUUCCUAAUUGGACUCUCUUGGAUGGCAUUUAAAUCGUUCAAGCGCCGAUGGAACGAAGUGCCCAUGUCGGAGAUCCAAUCACUAAGGGAUCGUGUCCAGUUUGUAAGUCAGGAUAUGCUCAAGUUGCAAGAUGCCCUCAAUGCGGCUAUACCGAUCCAGCUUCAUAGUACAAAGUCUGAAGAGGUUAUAACUAAUGUUAUUGAUGCCUUUUACGAGAACGAGACCAAAAGAGACCGUGAAAGCUCUCCAGGAUCUCAGGAACGGGAAGAGAAGGCUGAUCCUACUUUAGCAGAUCAGGAAUAUAUUGAACCUGAGGUUGCAGAACCCGAGAUACCAGAACCUGAAAUACCAGAACCAAAGCCUCAAGAAGUUCCUUUGGUGAAACAUAGGGUGCACUUUGAAGAGAACUCGCUAGUGAAGCAACCCCGAGUCCUAAAGAAGCCCAUUAUAAAGCUCAAACCCAAACGGAAGAUGUCCAAAAAUACACAUGACCUUAAGGAUAAUUUGGACGUGCCAAGAACCUUUUUUCAAGGGAAUAUGCGUAAACGUGAUAUAAUGUCAAUUCCAAAUCCAGAAUGGAAAAUAUAGAUUACUCUUUAUUCUUGCCAUAGUAAAGCAGAGUGAGGCAUCUUGUUCAAUAAUACAAUUUGUAAUGAUUUGGUAUCAUGAUAUUCAUAAAUACAAUCAUUGGUAUUUCGUUGCA